AUGCAGUGGAAUAUUUUUAGGUACAUUGCAGAUUUCACACAUCUUGCCUCAAUUGUUCUUCUUCUAUACAAGAUGUUCUCGAGGAAGACAUGCGUCGGCGUUUCCUUAAAAACACACAUUUUGUACUUAUCAAUUUAUCUCUUCAGAUACUGCAAUCCAUAUCUUUUUGAUCCACCACUCUACAACAUAUUCUUCAAAUUCACAUAUAUCAUCUCAUCUAUUGUUAUCAUCGCUUUAAUUUUAACAAAAUAUAAGAGAACUUAUGAAAAGCGCCACGAUAACUUCAGAAUCAUCAUUAUCUAUAUUAUUUGCCUCCCACUUGCAUACUUCACAUCUCCAUCAAACAGAAUUUGGCAAUUGACGAAUUGCUACUCCCUCUGGCUCGAAGCGUUUGCAAUUCUUCCACAACUCUUCCUUAUCAGCAGAUCUCGUAAGGUUGAUGUUAUGAACAAGGAAUAUAUCUUCCUUCUUUCUAUUUACAGACUCUUCUAUUUGAUCAACUGGAUCUACAAAUACUUCACAGAGACUGGUUCCACAGCCACAUACGUCUGGAUCACAGGUAUCCUCCAGACAAUUAUCUACUCAGAUUUCAUCUACACGUAUAUUAAGAUGAAAGUCCAAGGCGGAGAAUUCGAACUUCCUUACUAA